GCCCGCACUCCUACCGCAGGGCCCGCUCCCCCCCCAUUUCUUCUAUUUAUAACGGCUGAUGAUGAAGAUCGAUGGUCAGGAACGCAAACGCGAGCAAGUGGGACAAUCGGGACCCGUCCCUCUCAACUGAGAUCGCCGGCACAUUUCUGCCCACAGCGCGGUCACAUCCAACAGCCCAUUGCUGCCCUGCCCUGCCCCUGCCCCUGCCCUGUCCAGCCCAGCCAAAUUUCCCCCCGGCCGCUGAAACUCCCAGCGGCGUGCACUUCUCCCGCCCAUCAUGCAACGCACGGCAAACGGGGGAACACGGCCAGUCCCCCCGUGUUUUUACCUCAACUGACAGGGGCGGCGACAUAUGUGCAGGCUCUUGGCACGGCAUCAAUCACGCGCGAUGGGACAUCUCUGGUUUAUUAUUUGACCCUGUGGAUUGACCAGCGGGCUUGAGAUUUGACGAAGACACAGCGGAAAUGGAGCCGAAAGAGUUCUUGCCUUUCCCACCCCCUGUGGGUGAGCAGAGCACUUUCAUACCGUCAGCGCCUCCAGAACCCCCUUUCUACCUAGCCCCGGAGGAAAAUGUGCUUAUUUCACCCCCUCAGUUGGCUACGGGUAGGCCAUAUGCUAUGACGCGGCAUCAUCCUGUCACAACUCCAUUUUCGUUCCCGUCGCCACGCAUCGCUCAGGCCUCGAAUGCUAUGGCAGCGGACUUUGUGCCCAUGUCGAUUGCAGAGCCGUUGUUUGAAGCGCAGUGGCCAGUCCUCACUCUCCCACACACGAUUCCAACCUCAUCGUCUGCGUCGGUUGCUUUGCGGACUGAUCCUCCAGCAGCUCCGGAACCAGUGCCUGUGUCCGAGCCCCCAGUGCCGUUUUCAGAGCCAGGUGCGGAAUCUGGCUGGCCUCUCCUCCCUCUUCCACCUCUAAGACGUCUCUUUGUAGAUGGGCCCACAGACAAGGCACAUCAUAGGAACAUGGGUGACCCGUACGCCGAUUACCGAGUCAGUCCCAGCGAUGGAGAUGCGUCUCCAGAAGAGGCCAUGUUGGCCAUCCCGACACCUGCAGCAGCAGCAGCAGCAGCAGUCGUGGUGUCAUCAUCACAUCGGAAGACACGGAAGUACCCCUGCCUUGUGCCAUUGAUCGUUGUCUGCUGCUGUGGGGUCUUCGGGGCCACUAUGUAUGUCAACAACUGCCCUGCAAUGCGUGAUGACUGCAUUUUGCCCUUCUUAGGAAGAAUGUCGUUUGAGCCGUUGAAGGGUAAUCCUUUCUUGGGCCCUUGGAGCGGGACUCUCGUGAGAAUGGGUGCCUUAGAUCCCAGCCGGAUGCGCAAGCACGAGAGAGAGAAAUUCCGCCUUCUCACCUACUUCUGGCUUCAUGCUGGCGUCUUACAUCUGCUGAUCAACAUGCUGGGCCUGGUGUUCAUCGGGAUUCGUUUGGAAAGGGACUUUGGGCCGUGGAGAACGGCGUUAGUCUAUUUGCUAAGUGCGGCUGGGGGCAGCUUGAUGAGCGGGCUGCUCUUGUACAAUAACAUCUCUGUUGGCGCUUCGGGUGCCCUUUUUGGACUACUGGGGGCCAACCUAGCAGAACUGAUUAUCAAUUGGGGCAUCUAUGAACGUCGCUGCUCAACGCUCGCCCUCCUCGUCUUCAUGGUCUUUCUCAACCUGCUUAUUGGCCUGUCCCCAAAUGUAGAUAACUUCUCUCACAUUGGUGGUUUCUUCUCCGGAUUGCUCCUCGGAUUCGUCUUGCUAGUUAAGCCGCAAUACGGGUACAUAAAUCCCAGCAGCCUGGGCCCAGAGUUCCACGACAUCCGACUAGUGCCCCUGUCGCCGAAGCGCAAACACAACUGCUGCCAGACUUUGCUGCGCUCUGCAGCGUUGCUGGUCCUCGUGGCUGGCUUUGGUGCCGCCCUUGCUCUCGUCUUUCUCAACGUGGAUGGAAAUAAGGAGUGUCAUUGGUGCAGGUACAUGAGUUGCGUCGACACCGUCAUGUGGACCUGCGAUCAGCACCCAGGUGUCGUCACUUGCAAUGCAACAGAGACAAAGCAGGGGUUUAUCUUCGGGUGCGACAAUGGUCAGACGAAACAGAUCAGCGUUCAAAACCUGUCAUCCUCUGAACUUAGUCAUCUUUGUUACCGGAUAUGUAGAUAGCUUCGGCGCAUUUUGGAGGAUGAUAUUAUAUUUAUAAAUGUAGUUUUUCAUCACGUCAUCAGCAAGCAGCCCUCUCCAUGCACAAUGGUCAACUUGACGUCCAAAGCGUUCACAGCAGCAUCCCUCUGCAUGCAUGCACAACUGUUAACUUACGUCAGCAAGCAUCCCUCUCCAUGCANAACUUGACGUCCAAAGCGUUCACAGCAGCAUCCCUCUGCAUGCAUGCACAACUGUUAACUUACGUCAGCAAGCAUCCCUCUCCAUGCAAAGUGGUGAACUUGACGUCCAAAGCGUUCACAGCAGCAUCCCUCUGCAUGCGUGCACAACUGUUAACUUUUGACGUGCAAAGCACAGCUGUGGCUGGAAAGGAGAAGGAUGACGAGGUAGAGGAAGCAUGCAGCUGCACAGAUGGCUGCUGCACUUUCUGGAGGUGUCUUCAGUGGCGGGGCCUCUGCUAGUCUAAAGCUGGAUCUUAUUGUUAUCGUCCCCAUUUCGGCAUUUGCCAGAAGCUCGUUAUGCAUGCCUUUUCCUGGAGAUGGCCGCUGCACUUUCUUGAGGUAUCUUUGGUGGCCGGACCUGUAGUACUCCACAGCUACCAUCUUCACCCGAAUAGAACGCCCGGUCAUUAUAGCAGUAUUUGGUGCAACUUUCAGUCCAGAUACGGCGAAAAUUCCCGGGCGUUCUAUUCGGGCCAAGAGGUGCAUUUGAUUGUUAUCUUUCCCCAUUUCGGUAUUGGCAAGAGGCUCGUGAUGCAUGCUUUCGGACCGAGAUGCCGAUUGUAUUUGGUGUCUGCCUAUGCAGGCAGCGUUAUGAUGGAGUAUGCACUCAACCUCCCUGGUGUCCAUGUGCAUGAAUCAGGCUAUGUUGGAUCAGGGUCCUCCUCAUCCAGCAUAGCAGAGAUGGGGAUCAGAAUUUAGCUACACAGCAGUUGGGUGUGCGCGCUGUUAAUGGCAGCUCAGCAGUUGAGUGUGCCCUCUGUUAAUGCCAGCUCAGCAGUUGGUUACUCUCUCUUACAAUUUUCUUUCAUUUAGCGGAUGAGGAAAUAGGUGAAGGCUUCUCUAAGUGUAGCGGAGCAUGACCUGCCAGGCGUAAAUGGCUCGCCCUUUUUCUUGAGAGUGUGUCUGAUUGUCAGAACUGCUCUUGCAUGAGGAUCGUGAUGCCCUGGUUUAGAGAGAGGGAGGGAAGUGCAGGACGACCUGUUCACAUUCCCUAUUUAGGGAAAAUCUUCAGGCAGGUUGGUAGAGGGAACUCGAUCACUCGGUUGUCAAGUCUUUCAUUGGAUGGCAGAGGCCCCUUCCUCCUUCCUCGGCCACCUUUCGCCGGAUGUGGCUGAUCUGCUUCCCCCUCCUCUUUCGAGUAGCUGUACGAAAUUAUUUGGGUGUUUUCGACCCAUGGCAGGAACAGGGCGUGUAUAGAUGUCCGUAGAUGUUGUCCUCGUCUUUGACUGACGAUAAAUUUAGUGUUCUUGUUUGGUAUGCUACAAGGUUUCCCUCUCCCUCAUGCCUCUCCGCGGCUUAAGCUACAACUACGAGAUGAGGAGCAGCUCCCGUUCUAGCCAAGGAGCUGAUAGUGAAACAAAUGCCCUGUGAGACG